CAAAAAUCUUCAUUUGUUACUAAUAAAGGUUGUUUUUUUUUCUAGUCCCUCUCUUACGUAGAUAAAUAAAUCUCGUAGUUUUUGAUUCGUGGUAUAAGCAGCAGGUUACAGGUCACUGAAAUAAAAAGCAAACUUUAUUUAAUAAAACUAUUUUUUCGCCUAUUAGUUACGUGGAAGAUAUCAAAAUUUGAUACCUAGAAUCCAGACUCAAGAUUUGCUUUGACCGGUAUUGCAGGCGUCUGUUUGGUUAAUUAAAUCGGAGUAUCGCUGCUGGUGCAAGGGGUGAAAAAUGUUUCUACCACCACUAUAUCGUUGCAGAAUUUACUUCAGGGUGUGAUGAGCAAUUUUGAAAAUGUGAACUGUCUUUCCCCCUCGGGUGAAACGCAUUUCCUGACUGGAGCAUUAUCACCGUGUCGUUAUGCGAGGCAGAUUAGAUGAAGGCGAGGAGGACAGAUCAAGAAAAAAAAUUCUAGCCUUGGUUACUAUAAUACAGUUCUUGACUGUACAUUUCCAUUUUUUUACCACCAUCGGAAAAUAUCGGUCCGAGUAUAAUACAAAAUAGAAAUUGGUUUUGUGGCUGUAACCAAAAGAACCUAUUAUGCGUUACUAUUAUUUUUUAUUAUAUUCAUACGUACUGUAUCUUCUUUUAACUGUUGUGACAAUUCGAUAUUUGUGCAACAGUGAAUUGAUUUUGGGAUCUUGUUUAACUGGAAAAAUAUAGUAAACUAAACUACAAUGGUUCAAUGUCGCAAUUACCAGAAGUUUUGGUAUUGGCACUCAAAUGAUCAAAUGAUCUCAGUGUACGGUGUUGGCGAUCAAACUGUGGUCGUAGAGAACUUGUACAGCAAGACCAACGAUUGUUCCGAGCGCCAUUGGUCGUGUCAUCAACCAGGAAUAAAACGGAAUACGAAAUUGGAGUAUUUUCACGGUUUCCAAGAACGUGAAACGUGUCGUUUUCCAGGUUCCAAUGCGGUUAUCAGAGCCUGCACAUUAACCGGGGGAUCACCGUCUCGACAGCGAAAUAGCUGGAGCGCGACGCCGCUCAUUGCCAUGGAUCCGCAAGGAGGGAGAAACGCGUGCCAUUUGACAGGAACCGAUUGUGAUAGCUCGACAUGUCCCUCAGGAACGGGGAUCCACCGUCGCUGAGGAAGCGAGCGGUCGCGGAGAGGAGAAACGUACGUUCCGACGACAUGAACGUAACAACAACGGAGAGCCUCCACCGUCACAGCAACGAGAGCCUUAAUUCGACGUUCGAGACCGCAUUGGAGGGUGUCGAUCCCAACGUUGGAUUAACGACGCGCUACACCAUCUUCGAGAUUGUCCUCAUCACCAUAGUCGCCGUGUGCCUCAGUCUGGCCACCGUGAUCGGCAAUAGCAUGGUCAUGAUAUCGUUCAAGAUAGAUAAACGGCUUCAGACGAUAUCGAACUACUUUCUCUUCAGCCUGGCCGUCGCCGAUCUGGCAAUCGGUCUCAUAUCCAUGCCCCUUUUCACAGUCUCCACCCUCCUCGGUUACUGGCCCCUAGGACCCCAUAUUUGCGACACAUGGCUCGCACUAGACUACCUGGCGAGCAACGCUUCGGUUCUCAACCUCCUCAUCAUCAGCUUCGACAGGUACUUCUCGGUGACCAGGCCCCUCACGUACAGAGCAAAACGAACCACCUUCAGAGCUGGUAUAAUGAUCGCUUGCGCUUGGGGAAUAUCCAUACUGCUUUGGCCACCGUGGAUUUACGCUUGGCCCUAUAUCGAGGGCGAACGUACAGUACCCGACAAUGCCUGCUACAUACAGUUCAUCGAAACAAAUCACUACAUUACUUUUGGCACGGCAAUCGCAGCGUUUUAUGUACCUGUUAGCGUAAUGUGUUUCCUUUAUUGGAGAAUAUGGAGGGAAACUGAAAAGCGUAAAAAGGAUUUGCCAAAUUUGCAAGCCGGAAAGAAGGACGCUAGCAAACGCAGCAACUCGAGGUACAUGCAUAGCGACGAGGCUUUGGACUUGGACGAAUGGAAACGGCAACGAAGCGAGUCCAACGUCGGGGCCGACGAAAUCAAUACAACGUACAUUACGUCGUCUUGUAUCGAUGGUCGCUACUCCGAAUAUAAAAUCAAACAUCGGCCGUUCUCUUGGAUCUGGCUCAAGUCUUGGUGCAUCGCGUGGUGGCACAGCGGACGUGAAGACGACGACGACGAUGACGAAGUUGGGGGUCCGGAAAGCAGCAGGACGGGACAUGGCUGGGAAGAAACCCUGACCCCUAUAUCGGCGGAGACGCCUCUUCCGAGCAACAUGUCGCGAUGCCCUUCGCUGAGCGUCAUUCAAUCCACCGGAAUAUCAAUCGGUCGCAAUAAUUCCCCGGCCUGCACGAUAUGUCCGAGCUACGGUGGGGUAACGGAAAAAGGUCGGCUCACCACGAAGAGUACUUCGAAUGAUUCGGUGUACACGAUACUGAUAAGACUACCUACCGCAGAUGGAAACGGCCAAGCCUAUGGUAGCGAUGUUCCUAGCAUUAAAAUGUACUCAGACGACAUGGUGGGUCUACGGAUAAAUCACGCGGUGGAGAACUUCGAUGAAAACUACAAGUACUCGCUGCGUGGUCACGGCGAAUGUCACGGUUUCACAGGACCCGCAGCACCGGCGCUGAGGCGGCCUUCGCACAUAUCGGAAAUGAGGACGCCACCGUUGAACGACAAGAUAGUACCGAAGCAGGUAACGGGGGGUGGCGGUAGUGGCGGUAGUGGUGGUGGUGGUGGCGGCAGUGGUAGUAGUGGUGUUGGUGGUAGGGGUUUGCUCAACAAGACGCCGAAUAAGAAGAAGAAGAAGCCGCAGGAGAAGAAGGCGGACACAAAGGCGGCCAAAACGCUUUCGGCGAUUCUACUUGCGUUUAUAAUAACCUGGACACCGUACAAUAUACUUGUAUUGUUGAAACCGUUGACCGCGUGCGUUGGCUGCAUUCCUCAAGAAUUGUGGGACUUUUUCUAUUAUCUUUGUUACAUUAAUAGUACGAUUAAUCCUGUGUGUUACGCGUUGUGCAACGCGUCGUUUCGUAGAACGUACGUAAGAAUACUCACAUGUAAAUGGCAUAGUAGAGACAGAACGGCGGUAAACCGAGGAUAUUAUAAUUGAAUGAUUAAUUAUCGACGUGUGAUGAUAACACGCGAGUUACGUAAAACGAGUAAUCAAUUGUCGAGUAUAGUAGUCGUUGUGCAGUUUGAUAGUUAUAUUACCAUUACAACCACCGUUGGAACGUCGCCCGAUUAUCGUCCGCGUGAAUAACGUAUACAUAUGUAUGUGUAAUAUAUAUAUAUAUAUAUAUAUACAAACACACCUUCGCGCACAUAAAAUACAUAUGUAGUACAGGUAUAUCUCAUGUAUACAUAUAUACCGACGAAACGGUUGGCACCUUGCAACGGGUAAUAAGAUAAUCUCGUCGAGGCGUACAAGUAUAAUACGAUUAAAAAAAUAAAAUAAAAAUAAAAUGGCGCGGGCGCGGGCGCUGCUAUACGAGCUAUAGAAUCGAACGAGUAUAUUUAUAAUAAUAAAUAACGAAUGUUUUAUCGAAAUAUUAUUGUGAGAAGGUGAAGAAAAAAAUAGAAAAUUGCGAAAAAAAAAGAAAAAAACUAAAACGACUAUACAGAAGAAAAAAAAAAAAAAAAAAUACUCGUCGUCGUGUGGGAUGACGAGGAUAUAAAUAAA